CGUGCUUUAAUUUUGAAAUUGAAUGUUUAUGUUUCAAUAAAAUUCAAGCUACGAAAUAUAUUUAAUGUAGUUUUUUUUUCCCCUGAAGUAUAUCCUUGUUAAAGAGUUUGUCGUUUCUUUUUGUUAAUUAUGGUAAAAUUACAUGUUAAAAAGGAAGAUCAGAGCUUAUUUUGGUUUGAAACCCAAACUAGUGACAACAUACGCGAUCUUUUCAAAUCUCUUGUACAAAUACACAAUGGGAAACUGAAAAUUCAGAGACUAUGCUAUGAAAUUGAAGAAUUGUCAAAAUAUGGUGUAAGCCUUCCUCCAAAUAUGCAAGGUUUGACAGCAGGGCAGAUAUCAGAAAUGGUUUUAAAGGAUGAAUGGGCUCAAAAGAAUCUUACUCCAUCCGAUUAUGUAAUUAACCAUGACCCUAUGGGAAGGAGGAAUGGUUUAGCACCAAAAGAAAAGCAUGCUGAAAUUCUGACAAAAACUACCGCUGAAGCUAAAACAAGAAUUUCUCAGAUAAUGAUAGAUGCUGGAAUUUGCUUGACUAUUGCUGACAUUGAAGACACAUUACAUAUACUGUGUGGUGCAGUAAAAAUCUGCUAUCCAAUGGGACUUCCAUCGUAUGAAAUAAUAAGUCAAGAACUUGAAGGGAAAGAAGAUCUUUCAGGUACUCAGGCCAGUAAAGAAAUUCUAGAACCAGAUAGAACUGAGCUAUGGUUGGCUAGUAGAAAACUUGACCUUAGCAAAAUUCUCAGUGAUUACAUUGGCAAGAAUGAAAAAAGUAAAAUUGUUGUAAAAUUGCAGAAGAAAGGUUCUGAUACACCAGCUAAGGAAUCAGCUUUAACUUAACAACAAAGGAAGGAUUUUAUGAUGGCAGAACAUCAUCGCCAUGAAGAAUUAAAGAAAUUGGAAAAUGAUGAUGAUGAUUCGCAUCUGGAUUCACAAUGGGCUGAUAGCAACAGUUUAAAAAAAUCUUUCCUUGGUUUGAGUACUAUAAAGUUCAAAUAAUUUUUAUAAGUUGGGUUUUCAGUUAUAAAAAAAAUGAUCUUGUAAAUGUUAUGUUUAAUAAUAUAUGUAUACAGUUUAGUUUUAAAAAAAUAAAUCUGAAAAGUAUCAAAA